CUUAAAAAUGAGCAUUCAAGUUUCGACAAAUAACAUUACAAAUUUGUUUACUUUUUAGAACCACAUACCUCCAACACCAAAUCAUGUUAGUAUUGGAGAAUAUUUGAGGUUAUGAUAUCAUGUUAUCAAAAUUAUGUUGGCCAGAGAACCAAACCCCACCUCAUGUUUUUUAUUGAGAUAGUAGCUCGUCCACACCACCCUUAGUAACGCUUCGUACGUGGUGCGGGAUAGUCGUCCGUCGUUCGAAACGCAAACCUUGGCUAUCGACAAUACAACGUGGAUUUUAAAAUUAUAAUUUUCGAAAAUCAGUGUGUUGCAGUUACGAUACUUUUUUCGAUCAAUUUUUAAAUUUUUAUUGAACGUGUUUUUAUCUCUGUUUAUGUAAGUAAUUAUAAUUUUUUUAAAUAUAUUAAUUUAUAUAUGUAUGUAUAUAAUAUUACAUAUACAUCAUAGUGGGAAAUUAGUAUUUUAUUAAAAUGAGUGUGAAAAGAGAAAUAACGUGUGAAAUUGAAAUUGAUGAACCAAACCAAAAAGAAUGUCCUGAAGGAAAAUUUAUUGAUCCUGUCAGUCUUAUGGAAAACGGAAAAUUCAUUUUCAACGUUCCUCCGGAAGCUCCAGUUUUUGAACCUACUGCAGAAGAAUUUAAAGAUCCGUUGCAAUAUAUAUCUAAAAUUAGAAGUGUAGCACAAAAACAUGGCAUCUGUAAAAUUAGACCUCCACCUAAUUGGAAUCCUCCAUUUUCUAUUGAUGUUGAUAAAUUUAAAUUUACACCCACAAUUCAAAAACUAAAUGAACAAGAUGCAAUUACUAGAGUUAAACUCAAUUUCUUGGAAAAAUUGGCCAAAUAUUGGCAUUUACAAGGCAUCAGUUUUAAACUACCAGUAUUAGAACAAAGAGUUGUAGAUUUAUAUUCUCUUUAUAAAAUUGUAGAAUUUGAAGGAGGUUUUGGUGAAGUAUGUUCAAAGAAAAAAUGGGAAAAAGUGGCUAGUCGUAUGGGUUAUGUUUGUAAAAAAUCUUCUAGUACAGUUUUAAAAAGUCAUUAUCAAAAAUGGCUUCAUCCAUUUUCAUUUUUUCAUGCUACUACUAAAGAUGAAAUUUAUAACAAACCUAUUGCAAAAAAGAGGAAAGUUCUAAAUAUUAAAGAAGAAAAUUCUUGUGUUUCAAAUUUAACUACUAAAAAAAUCAAACUUAACCCCGAUGAUGAUAACGAUUCUGAUGAUUACACUAAGUGUAAAAUAGGACAUUUAAAGUCAAGAAAGUCUACAAGAAGUAAACCUGCUGUAAAUUAUACAGAAAAAUAUUGUUGUCAAAAAUGUGGAAGAGACAAAUCUGAAAAAACUAUUUUAAUUUGUGAUGAAUGUGAUUCAAGUUUCCACAUGAAAUGUUUAAUCAUACCAUUAACUACUGUUCCAAAGGGUACAUGGAGAUGUGAUAAAUGUGUAAUCAAUGAAUUAAACAAACCUAGCGAUGCUUUUGGAUUUGAACCAGCUCAGCGUCAAUACACACUUCAACAAUUUGGAGAAAUGGCAGACAAAUUUAAAUCUAAAUAUUUUAAUAUGCCAGUUCAUCUUGUACCUACAGACAAAGUUGAACAGGAGUAUUGGAAAAUUGUUUCAUCUAUUGAUUCCACAGUAAAAGCAGAAUAUGGUGCUGACAUACAUACUAUCGAUCAUGGAUCAGGAUUCCCUACAGGUCUUGCUCUAAACGGAAACGAAGAUAAUACUUUUUACAAGUCAUACGUAGAAGAUCAUUGGAAUUUAAAUAAUUUACCAAUACUUAAAGACUCAGUUUUUAGUUUUAUUAAUGCAGAUUUAUCUGGUAUAAAAAAUCCAUGGAUGUAUGUUGGUAUGUGUUUUUCAACAUUUUGUUGGCAUAACGAAGAUCAUUGGAGCUACUCGAUCAAUUAUUCACAUUGGGGUGAACCUAAAACAUGGUAUGGAAUUCCAGGAGCCUCUGCUGAAGCCUUUGAAGAAGUUAUGAAGGAGACAGCACCAGAAUUAUUUCAUUCGCAGCCAGAUCUCUUACAUCAGUUGGUUACUAUUUUGAAUCCGAAUAUAUUGAUGAAAGCAAAUAUCCCAGUCUAUAGAACUGAUCAAAAUCCUGGAGAAUUUGUUGUUACUUUUCCAAGAUCUUAUCAUGCUGGGUUUAAUCAAGGAUUUAAUUUUGCUGAAUCUGUGAACUUUGCUCCUGCUGAUUGGAUUUCAAUAGGUCGUGAAUGUGUUAACUAUUAUUCUUCUAUCAAACGAAUAUGUGUAUUUUCCCAUGAUGAACUUUUAUUUAAAAUACUGAAAUCUUGUGAUGACUUGACACCAAAAGCAGCUGCAUUAGUAUAUGCUGAUUUUAAGGAAAUGAUCAAGUUUGAACGAGUUCAUCGUAAAGCACUUCUUGAUUGGGGUGUUACUGAAGCGGAUUUUGUUGAAUUUGAACAUAAAGAAGAUGACCUUAGACAAUGUACGAUUUGUAAUACCACUUUGUUUGUAUCUGCUGUAUCUUGUUUGUGUGAUAAAAAAAGACUGGCAUGUCUUCGACAUUUUAAACAACUCUGUGAUUGUCCUGCACAAAUGCAUGUGUUCAAAUAUAGGUAUACCAUUGAUGAAUUUCCAACUCUAUUGCGAAAGGUUAAAGCUAUAGCUGAAACGGCUUAUGAUGAUUGAAUAUAAUAAACUAGAUUGAUUAAAUAUAAGAUAUAUGUU